AUGGCAGAUGAGAGGGCUGUCCUCAAGAUCACCAGGGACCUGAAAGCGGCUGUCUCUGCCAUCAUCCAGGGCUAUGGGGAGAGGCAGCAGUCAGUGACAGAUGCCAGCGCUGAGCUGCACAGGCUCUGUGGCUGCCUGGAGCUGCUUCUACAGUUUGACCAGAAGCAGCAGAAGAGCUUCCUGGGGCCUCGGAAGGAUUACUGGGACUUUGCCUUCACCGCCUUGCGGCAACAGCGGGGCAACUCGGAGCCAACCCGCUAUGCCUGCGCACAGGACAAGUUGAAGACCUCGUUGGGGAAAGGCCGUGCCUUCAUCCGAUUCUGCCUAGUCCAUGGACAGCUGGCCGAGUGCCUGCAGCUCUGCCUCCUGAACCCGGACCUCGUCAGGGAAUGGUACGGCCCUCAGAGCCCUCUGGUGCGCCCUGAACUCCAGGAAGACAUCCUGGACUCUCUCUACGCUCUCAAUGGGGUGGCCUUUGACCUGGAUCUGCAGAGGGCUGACCUGGAUGGGGCCUGGCCCAUGUUCUCAGAGUCAUGCUGCUCUGACUUCAGACAAAACCAGAGAAGAAGACCCAGAAGGACCAACAUUUCACCACAGGAGAUUUCAGCUACGUGUGGAGACCCCAAAGGAAUCCAUCAAGAGGAGGCACAUCCCAGUCAAGCCAACUCUCUGGGAGUUGCUCCCAGAGAAAACAACUUGGAGGGACUUCCUGGAUCCCAGCCACACAAGAAUCUUCUCCCCAAUUCAGAAAAGAAAAGGGAGGAUGUCAGGAGCCCCAGAUUCCUCCAGAGCAUGCUGGAAUCAGACAAGGGGGAGCUACAGCAAGUCCAAAGUGAGGUAGCCCCAAGGCCUGGGAUCUGUCUGCAGAACUCAACACUCAGCACCCAGGGACUGGGGGAGGUGGCAAGUGGGGCUCCGAAGGCGACAGGGACAGAGGCUGGGGGUAGAAGGGUCCUUCCACGAACAGACAGGCAGAGCUCAAUAGAGGAAGCUCAUGAAGGGGAAGCAGAGUGGGGCCAUGUCCAGAGGUUGCUGGCCUCCAGCCUCAGACCAACAAGAGAGGAAGCAGCUCUCAACGGCAGGCAAGAGCUGGAAGUGCCAAAAAUCCCGGGCGAUCCCUGGGUCCUUCAGUGCCUGGGAAAAAGGGAAGAAGGCUCCACCACAGAGAAGCCACAAGAGCAAACAGGGGGGACGAGAGUGGAAAGCCAAGAGGAGCAAGCAGAGUCACCCCUCCAGGAUCUGGUCAAGAACCUCAGACAUCAACUCCAAAAGGCCAAAGAACAGAUCCAGCAGCAGGAGCAGCUUCUGAGAGAGCAGGAAGUGGAGCUGAAGGUCCUGCAGGGGCAGCUCAGCAGUUGUCAUGAAGAGAGGACCCGGCUGCAGACAGAGCUAGCGCAGAAGCACCAGGAGGCUGAGGCGAGGGAUGCUGCAUACCAGGAGGAGCUCGAAGGGCAGAGGGAGCUGGUCCGGACCAUGAAGAGGCGGGUGCUGGAACUGAUCCAAGAGAAGGACAACCUGUGGCAGAAGGUCCAGCAUCUCUCUGCUGUGUCCCAUUCAUCCUGUGUCAACUGCAGCAAGAUCUUUGGCCGGCUGUCUCGACGAUACCCAUGCAGGCUCUGCGGAGGCCUGGUCUGCCAUGCCUGCUCCAUGGAUUACAAGAAGAGAGAGUGCUGCUGCCUGCCCUGUGCCCAGAGAGGACACACUAAGGUCACCUGA